CGCCCGCUCUCUCCUCCCUCUGCUUGGGGAUCGAGCCUUCGCCUCCUCCAGCCAGCAGGGGGCGCUGCCUCGCCGAGCGGCCACUCCUCCCUCGCGGCCCAGCUCGCUCGCACGGGCUCCGACUCUGGUCCAGGCCUGGGCCUAGCUCACUUGUUUGGUUUCCCUCACCCAUCACCCCCCCCCCCCGCGCGCGGCAGGAGCGGGACGGGCGCCCGGUCUGAGGCCAUGGAGAUCGGCACCGAGAUCAGCCGCAAGAUCCGGGUGAGAGGCGGAGCCGCGCGGGGGAGAAGGGCAGCCCGGAGGAGGAGGAGGGGGAAGCCGGGCGGGGUGAAAAGGAAAAGAGGGUCCCGUCCCCCCCAGUCUCGGGGUGGACCCAGACCCGUCGCCCCGUCAGGAAACCCCAUGGGCGGGCUGGGGGGGGGGGGCAAGGCCCUUCCUCCUCACAAACUGGAGGCGGCGACGGAGGGCCUUCCCCCGCGACGCCUUUCGACCCGAAGUCGUCUCCAGCCCCCAGAGCUUGUUGUGUGACCCACAGGACAAAUUUGAGCCCCCCCCCACGAGCUUGUGGGGUUGCUCUGCCUAUUUAGAUAUCCUGACUGAUACCCCACCCCACGCACUUGUAGGGCAGAGAGGUGUGGGAAGAUUUGUGCCUGCCUGCCUCCCUGGAUAUUGCAUCCCCCUCUCAAAAAAAAAAGCUCAUAUAAUACUACGGAAACUCGCAUCCUCUUAUCCACCCCCCGCUGCAAAAGGCCAAAACUUUAUUGCUUUGUUCUCUCAAAUCCUCGGCCCCCUCCUCCCCGUUUUCCUACGUAGCCGGCAAAACAACAACAAAGCCCGGGUUCAAGUUCUCCCCAAAGUACUGAAAGCCCACUGGGUAACUUUGGGCAAAGUCGCUACCUCUCCAUACCUAACAUGCCUUACAUGUUUUGAGGAUGAAAAGGGCAGGGGAGAGGCAUGUAAAUGUCACCUGAGCUCCAUGGAUGAAAGAUGUGGGGUAUGGAGGUAUUUGAAUACAGUCUACGCUAGAAGAAAUCUAAUAUCAGAAUGGGAGAUGGGCAUUUUUUUUUAUUUACCCGCUUGCCCAAGCAGCCCCAAUAUCCCCCUACGUGUUUCAGAAGGUUGAAAGACCUUUGAGCAGAUUUUGACGGAGUGGUGAGUGGGAAUGAUUGUAAAUUGUUUUUUCCUCUGCCCUUCUGUCAGUGGGCAGGCCAUAUUGGAUACCAUCGAUAAUGAGUAAAAUAAAAUAAAUAUUUUUAAACCAGACAUUGCCCCCCUUGAUUUUGGAGGCUUGUUUAUUCUGUUCAGAUGCAUCUCUGUAGAAACUGCAGGAUGGAGCGACUUCUAGUCGCUCAAAAAUAAAGUGUUGCCUUUUGGGGUCUCAUGCAGCGUUUCCCAUCACAACACUGCCAUGAUAGGAGAAGAAACAACUGAAUUUUCCAAAAUCACCCAGCGUAAUUUUAUUCAUUACGCAAUUCCUAAAGGUAGGGCAAUCCUCCCAGGACCUGGACUUGUAGCUCAGUCACCAUAGAAACCGUAGCACAGAACAAACAUCCUUAUGGUUUGAUUAGGCAGAAAGUAAUAGAGAUGGCACAAUACCUCAGAAAUCCACAUAAAGUGGUUCAAUAAUGCAGAAUUCCUCGUGUCCGUUUGCAGAACAAAUUUUGGAGACCUGCACUGCUUCAACUGAAGUGUACCAAAUCUGCAAAUAUAUUAAGAGGAAUAAAUAUUUCACAGAAAGCUAGUUCUUUAAAACUUCUUAGCCUGGAAAGUGAUUUGAAUAUGUGUAAAUCCCAACAGAAUGUGUCAUUAUUUGGUAAAUUUUCAAUGAUUUGCUUGGGCUUGUGUGUUGGGCUUGUAUGAUUUCCUUGUAAAAAUAUUUUGCUGUGCAUGGGUGAAUUGCUUUUAAAUCAUGUAUUCUGAGCCACCAUGAAUAAUUUAUUUUAUUUAAGUAAAGUUUCUCAAUGUUUUUAGGGUAAAUACCUAGAAGAAGGGAUAAACAUCUUUUAAAUAAACAAAUGGUGCUGGACAUCUUCUAUUUCCUGAACAGUCAUGCACACUUAACUGAUUGCUGUAACAAUACUGAUUUUCAAAUGCAAAGAGCCUUUAUGUAACCUAGGAGUAUGAUCUAAAAUAUUUGAACAUGUAGCCCAUGCACUUCAGAAUUAUGUCUGUUUACAGACAAAAUACUGAUUUCUAUAUAUACUGCCUUUCACCACAGAAUUCAAGGUAGAAUAAAUAAAUAAAUAUUCAGAACUUCUACAAUCAGUGAUCAAUAGUUACUUGGCAAAAUAGUGUUUCUUCAUGGAAUGGAAGUGCAGUAAAUGCCAUGUGUUUAAUAAGUAGAAUUUCAAAUAUUUGUGAUUUGAGAACAGAAAGCACAGCAGAGAUCAGGUUGUUGGAUAGAUCAAUGGAUAAUCCUAGUGAAAUGGAGGAGGAUGUCUCCCAGAGUAUAGCACAUGUGGGACCUUGUUAGACCCUGGAUUCAGUAGUAAGCACAGUACACAACUUUGGGUCAUGCCUGUCUUCAGAAGUCAUAUACUUCCCCCCUCCCCUGCAAGGUUUUUCCUUUAGCAUAGAAAAGCAACCUUUAAUACAGUUAGUUGCAAACCAGUUUUAAGAUGUUAUUAAGUAUAAGCUUUAACAUGUUUUGUUCAGAUUUCCUCUAUGACUUUAUAGUCAAUAAUAAUUAAUAUGUUUAUUUUUAGAAGCAAUAUGUAAUUUUUAUCCACCUAGGUAUAAAGCAAACGUUCCUUUCUCUAUGCCACCUAGCUGUAAGGAUACUCACAAAACAAACACACUGAAUCUCCAAAUCAUCCUUUAUUUUACAAAAUGUUUGCCGUGAGCCCAGUUGUCGAGGAGGGCAGGAAUCUUUGCAUUUAAAAGUUGCUUGCAAGUAAAAUGUGAGUGUGCAGGAUUGCAGUCUUAAAGCCUUAACUCUCCAUGAAAGCUAUAGCUAAAUACAGUCCUUUUUUAUAAUUUUGUAUGGAAAGCCUCUGUAUAAUGAUGAACUUUUAUUAGUAGCUUGUGUUUAUAUGAUAACAAUAUGUUUACCUUAGCCCACCUGUAGCACAGGAAGGAAUAGUAUAUUGGAGUCUGUCACUCCCUUGACCUACUGAAAUGCAAUCUGAGCCCAUGUAACAGCUGCAUAUUGUUUUCCUUUUUACACCUGUCUCCAUUUUUCAACUCUUUUUCAACUCCAUUUUCCUCUUGAUGUUGAAUUUUAGAUUAUAAGAUCCUCAGGACAGGGCGCUGUCUGCUGGAAGGUACUAUGCCCGCUGAUGGCACUGUCUAAAUUAAUAAUGUUUUGCUGCCAUUUACAUCAGGCAGUCCCUCAAGAACAAACUCAUUUAAACCUUGGUUUUGAGUUUGAGACUUCUAGAGCAACAUCUGAAUGCCUUUUGUUUGAAACUGUGCAAUCCUAAAUGGCUGCUCUUCUGUUCUUCAUAUAGAGUGCUAUAAAAGGAAAGCUACAGGAGCUGGGAGCAUAUGUGGGUAAGUUUCUGCCUUUAGUUGUAAAAAUAGGGCACAACAAUUCAUUUUUACUCAAAAGCAAGUCCCAUUGUAUUCAGUGGGGUUUCCUGCCAGGUAAAUGGGAAUAGGAUUGCAGAUCUAGUUUGGGGCUAUUUUCUUACAUGUAUGUACAAAGACUGUUCACCAUUUGUUAUUACUACCAAGUAUCCCAUAAUGAUUUAUAAUGUAAGCAGGUGCCACAUUUCCCAUCACUAUAUCUCCAUGCUGAGGAAAACAACACCUAUUGAAUUUCUGUCUGUUCCACAGUUGUGAAGGCAUUGAGCCAGGAUGGGGAACCCGUGGCUUUCCAGAUGAAAUCCUACUCCCAUCUGCCCCAGCCAGCAUUGCCUAUAGUAAGGGAUUAUGGGAGUUGUACUUCAGCAGCAUCUGGAAAGCCACAGGUUCGUCAGCUUUGGUAUGGGCCUGCUACCAUCUCUCAGCCUAACCCAUGGGUAGGCAAACUAAGGCCUGGGGGCCGGAUCCGACCCAAUCACCUUCCAAAUCUGACCCACAGUCAGUCUGGGAAUCAGCAUGUUUUUACAUGAGUAGAAUGUGUCCUUUUAUUUAAAAUGCAUCUUUGGGUUAUUUGUGGGGCCUGCCUGGUGUUUUUACAUGAGCAGAAUGUGUGCUUUUAUUUAAAAUGCAUCUCUGGGUUAUUUGUGAGGCAUAGGAAUUCGUCCCCCCCCCCAAAAAAAAAUAGUCCGCCCCCCCCCCCAAGGUCUGAGGGACAGUGGACCGGCCCCCUGCUGAAAAAGUUUGCUGACCCCUGGCCUAACCUGUCUCACACUGUAGCCAUCAGGAUACAGGGGGAAAGGCUUUUAUGCAACCCUAAUAACCUUGGUGUGCAUUUCUGUGUAACUCUUGUGUGUUUCGUUUUUAAUUGUAAAGCGCCUGGUUGUAGGUGCUAUAGAAAUAAUAAUGAGCAAAUAUCCAAAGCAGAUGUGCCACAUUUUUCUUCAUAUAUGGUUCCCCUUACUGGUGGGCAUUGAAAAUAAAAUCAGGAAAUAAGUAAAUAAAAAGGAAAUUCCAUACCACAAACUUAGUAAAGAAAAACCCACAAUAAAACAUAGGCAGUAUUCCGAAACAAGUUAAAUUGGGAAAAAGAAAGACCAGGAGGGAAGGGAAGAAGACCCCAGAAUUUCACAUUAAGUAUUCCUAUGCACUUCCACUUGGAAUUAAGUCCCACAGAAUUCAAUGCUGCUUAAUCCCAACUAAAGCAUGCAUAGAAUUGUGCUGCAGGGCCUUUUGCUAUCAGGGCUACUGUUUGCAACCAGCAACAUCUAUGUUCUAAUAGCGCACCUUUAAUCUGUACCCCUGGGAGUCUAACUAAUGGCCAAAAUACAUGGCUUCAUACUGUCUCUGGCCCAUGCCAUUUCCUGUAAUAAUUCUGUUUCUUUUCUUGUUCUAUGCCUGGGAUAAUCUGAAAGUUGCCCUCUCCCUUUUUUAUGACUGUUUCAUAGUCAAACUCUACAGCUGCCCUUAAAACAUUUAACAUCCAGUUAUAUUUCCCUUUCUUUAAAUCAGAUGAAGAGCUGCCUGAUUAUAUCAUGGUCAUGGUGGCCAACAAGAAGAGCCAGGAGCAGAUGACGGAGGACCUUUCCCUCUUUCUAGGAAACAACACUGUGAGAUUCACUGUAUGGUAUGUUUCUCAUCCCUCUAAUUCUUUGAACUAUAAUUCUUUUGUAGUCUGAUCCUGAAACCUCCACGUCUAGAUGAGUGCUUAGGCCAGGGCACAUGAAUAACCUUCACCUGUGCAACAUUGCAAAAUAAAGCCACCCAAGGCAGAUGAGCUCGUGGAAAUGGCCAGGACUAGGGGGUUCAGCUUAUUUUUCAGGUGCUGAGCAAAUGUGUCGUGGCAUAAGAACUGGUUCCAUUUCACAGAAGGAAGAAUACUAUGGUUUGACCAUCUCCUUUUCCUGAAUUUGAAUGGUAAAACUGAUGCAUCUUAAAACUCAUGACCUAGUUCUAUGUACUGAGUCAUUUUAUGGUUGGCUUUUACCUUAGUUGUCAAAUGAAGUAUAACAUCCAGCUUGAUGUUGCUGGGAGAACAACUCAGUUUACCGAGUUUCCCCACCCACCCAUUUCCUGGAUCCUCCUUUGAAAUGGGUCAGUGCAUCUGCUGUUGUUACGUGUGAUACAUGUGCUGUUUGGUAUUCUUUCAAUUUUGCACUGAAAUGCUGAAUUCAAAGCACAAGAGGCAACUAUGUGGAUAGGCCUUUAGCUGAUGAUAUUGAUAAAAACGGGGGUCAGAGAAAAUAAUAAAACUUUUUAUUGGUCCUGUUUAUUACUUUGGGUGGUAUGUUACUUUUGCUGGGGUUGUGAAUAUGUGAUGCAGAAGCUCAGUCAAGCAGUUAAGUUCACCACAGGAAACAGCCAUGUAGCAGAGUUGUCUUUACUAGGCCAACAUCAACACCCGCCCACACUAUUUACAGAUGUUACAUAUGUCUUCUCUCUCUCAGCCCAGAGAGGGUAUUUGAUUCAUACUCCUUGCUGAACAAAGUUCUAAGUCUGUUUGCAGAGUCCUGCAACAGCUUAGAGUUUUGUGAGUCCUGAAGUGUGGCCUUUCUCUCAGACAAGCUCUUUACAAAGUCGAAACAAAACAAAAUAAAUAAAAUAACAUAAAAAAUUAAAAAAUUCCUACCAGUAGCGCCUUAGAGACCAACUAAGUUAGUUAUUGGUAUGCACACGAAAGCUCAUACCAAUAACUAACUUAGUUGGUCUCUAAGGUGCUACUGGUAGGAAUUUUUUAUUUUAUUUUAUUUAUUUUGUUUUGUUUCAACUACGGCAGACCAACAUGGCUACUUACCUGUAAUCUUUACAAAGUGUUUGGACAACUCCACAGUGUUGCAACAGCCAGCUUCCAACAACUCACACUGUAUAUUUUAAGCUAAGCCCUUUUUUAUAUACACAAAGUUACUUGCCACAAAUCUGCCCAAUAACACUACAACUCCCAUCAUCCCUUACCACUGGUCCUGCUAGCUAGGGUUGAUGGGAGUUGUAGUCCAACAACAGCUGGAGACCCAAGCUCAAGAAACACUGAUCUAGAAAGUUUGAUGGCAGAGCAGGAUCUUGAAGUUGGUUUCCAGUACAGUGGUACCUCAGGUUACAUACACUUCAGGUUACAUACGCUUCAGGUUACAGACUUCGCUAACCCAGAAAUAGUGCUUCAGGUUAAGAACUUUGUUUCAGGAUGAGAACAGAAAUGGUGCUCCGGCGGCGCGGUGGCAGCAGGAGGCCCCAUUAGCUAAAGUGGUGCUUCAGGUUAAGAACAGUUUCAGGUUAAGAACAGACCUCCAGAACGAAUUAAGUACUUAACUGAGGUACCACUGUAUUCCAAUCCUGUGUGCUACACUGCAUUGCACUUGCCUCCAUGCUGAUAACUUGCAUUAAGAAAGUCAUUUGCUCUUUAUUCUAAAUUUUAUGACACUGGUCAACAUAACAAAGUGACAUAUCCCUUCAGAAAAUGCAUUUGAAGCAGAUGUUAGCCAUUAAAACAUUUUUCUUAUUUUUCAGGCUGCAUGGUGUGCUAGAUAAGCUUCGGUCUGUAACUACAGGUAAGUAAAGGAAAGACAACCUGGCUUAUUGUUUGGAAAUUAAGCAUCUUCAGGAAGGGAUAACGUGUGUAUGCUUUCAUUUACAUUUUAGACAUUAAAAAUAAUUAUUGUUGUGUGUUGUUAUGUAAGAGUUUAAUUAUUAUGACUGUACAGAAAUUAGAAUUUUAAGAAACGUUCUCAUGCAAACAGGGAAAAUAUUAUUUUGAAAGCAUGUAUUACUCAAUGUGAACUGAAGGAAGUGCAUUUCUGUUGAAAUCUGCAGCGAAACAUAUUUUACAGUUGUGUGUAAAUACUUCAUUGAACUUUGAAAUAAGAUAAGGAAUACCUGUAUCUGCAGAACCUACCAACUUAAAAUCUUCUGAAUCGAACAUCUUUGAGAGCAGUUUGCCUUCUGUCAAAAGCAUUUCAAGUGGAAAUGAGGAGAGAAGUGGGGAGGAAGUCCUACAGCCCCUUACAGUCUCAAGUUCUCGACCAGAAAGGAGUGACUCUCGAGUUUCAACCAGCUCCCAGGAACAGAAAAUUGCUGCCUCCCGGUAAGGUUCUCACGUCUUAAAAACCAGUAACACAUAGUGGUUAUGCACUCAUUUGUUCAUUGCAUUUCUGUAUUGCUUUUCUGCCAAGCCACCCAACUGCUAUUUACAAUUUUGAAAUGCUAAAAUAAAUACUAUAGAGCAGUAAUACUGCCUUAUUGGACAUUAUCUUUUGAACAGCACAAUUGUUGCACCGCUUAGAAACACUGAUGAUUGAGUGGUGUGUUUGUGCAUGCACCUUAAAUAGCAACAACAACAUUCUCGUAUGAAAUAAAGCCUUGUGGGAGCCUACAUAAAUGCAUUCCAUGGGUUGUGCUUGCCUCUCACAUUGAUAGUUUGGUGUUGAAGCUGAUCAUCAAACUGGAGGACUUUUUGAUUCUUUUGAAAGAGGUUAGGGACAUUGUGCCCCAGAAGUCACAAGGGCAACCUGAAACAACACAAGCAGCUGCAUAAAUAUGUGAUGUGGGUUUUCUUGGGGCAGGCAGAAAUAAUUGUUUUGAAUGGGAAAAUUUGAAUCUGAACAUUUCAAAUGAGGAUAAUUUGCAUUGGGAAAUUUUCAUUUGGUCUAGAGAAUUAUCUAAAUCAUCAUGCUUAUUUUACUUGAAUUUAGUAAGCUGAGCUGAAAGCUUUGAAAUUACCAAGCUUGCCUGACUUUAUUGGUAUCAGUUCAUUGUUAUUAAUUAACUUUGGAAAGCAAAAAAAAUCCCACCCCACAUCAUUGGAAGAGAUACUGUGAGCAGGGAAUAGUGGUCAGCUAAAGUUCCUUGAUUUAAGAGUUGCCAUUAGAUCUGACCAGCUGCUUGCGUGAGGUUGCUGGUUGCUUGCAACCAUCUCCAGAUGCAAUUGCAGUCUCGGUGAACAAGUCAGAUUAGAAAGUUUUAUGCAAAAUAAUUAAAAAGAAAACAAUUUUUCUUCAUCAUAGCAAAGUUUCUAACUGAGGGGAAGAGUUUCAACAAUUCAAGUUUGAAAGGGGUGUGUAUAAACCUGUAUGGUACUCUACAGUUUGUGGGGUUGUUAGAAGAAGUGUCUAAUAUGAAAAUAGAAAAACAACAACUGUUUUUUCACCCUAUAUGUUAUUUUCCGACAUGAAAUGGACUGAGUAGGUCCUAAACUAAACAUGUAGGUUUCACAACUUAAAACAACAAUUUGUGCUGUCACUGUGACCUCUAGUAGCCUAUGUACAUAGGGUUUUUUCUGGUCUUCUCAGUCAUUCCAGUGGGGUUAGAAUUGCCCCAAAGCGGCAGAAGCAAAAACAGAUUUUUCUUUCAAUUUGACCCUGAAGCACCUUAUAGCAAUUCACGCCUCCUCAUAGGUGAGGACUACCUGGAACAGAGCUGUGAAAGUUUGACAAACAUGUUCUUAUGCUCCCUCCCCAAUUUGGAGGCUUCAAGCAAGCAUUUUCUUGACAUGAGGUAGAGGUAAUAUUUUCUCUUUUCACGCAGGCAGCCUCGCCAAGACACCUCCCCAUCUCUCCUGAUGUCAACUGUGAAACCUCUCAGGGAGCUGUCCCCCUUGGAAGCUGUGAUCGACAUUAAGCCUGAGCCGGAUGACCUCAUUGAUGAAGACCUCAAUUUUGUGCAGGAGAAUCGGCUGCCCCGGAAGAAGCCUCUCGUGACGGUGACUUACGGUUCCUCCCGCCCAUCUGCUGAAAUCUACCGCCCACCAGCAAGCCGAGGUGCAGAAGGCAACAUGCACUUUCAGAGAAUGCCACAACAGAGUAGCAUACAGACUGGCAAGCAGCUUGACAUGCAGGGCGGCAGGUCACUGGAAGCUGUCCAGCUCUGCGAUCCAGACGUGUUUGGCAGCUUGGCUGAGAGUUACAGGCCCACUGCCAAAGGGAAUGCUGAUAAAAUUAGCAGUGAGGUAAGUAUGUAAGCCCAAGCUAUGCUGGUAAUUUAACAUGUACUCAACAAACGGAGGUCACCAUGGACACUUGGAGUCCCCUGUUCUAAACAUAGCAAGAGUGGUCAAAAAUAUCUCACGCAUGGCAUCUAAACCUUGUGGCAUCCAGAUUCUAGUUGCUUUAGUGGCUAGGGGGUGAAAAAUGUGUGUGUGUGUGUGUGUGUGUGUGUGUAUGGUGUUAGCCUUAAAUAGGGUGAGUAGCAGUUGUAGCCCUCACCUGGGCAUAGAUGGGCCCUGCAUGAGUGUUAUGUGUCCAUUUUUCUUAGGUUUGUUCAUUGGCUAAUACUAAAUAAGAGGAUUUCAAGUUUCCUGUCUUUGGGGAGCUCCUGUCACACUGAUGUAUCUGACUGGAACUCCUUUGUGUUGUAGAAUAUUCUGGAGAAGGCUCCUGGGCAAUAGUCUUUAAUGUUUCCAGACCCAGGACUCGCCUUUAACCCAAUGUAAUGCAUUUGCAGACCCAUUUCUUAGUUUUUACUCAAUAUUUGUAUGGUGCUGUUGAUACCCACCUUGGGUCUCAACCUGAUGGUUAUUCCCAACCCUCCAGUUGAAGACCAAUGGCCUAAGGUCUUCACUUACCCAGAGAGUCAGUGUAGUAUAGUGAUUAGAACGCCAAGACCUAGGUUCAAAUUCCCACUCCUCCAUGAGCAUGGCCUAGUCUCCAUAGCUAAGCCUAACCCUACCUCACAGGGUUGUUGUGCAGAUAAAGUGGAAGGAACCUUGUAUGGCACCUAAGUGCCUUGAAAAGAGAGAGGGGUAAUAAAUAGAUAGGCACAGGCUGCAGCACUGUAUGAGCUAAGAGUGCACCUGAGUUCACACCCAGCACUCUUGAUGCAUCAGCUGUCAUUCAGAGAAGCUUGACUGCCUUUGCUGACCUUGUCACUGAGCAACCCUGAACAUUUGCUAGGAAAAAUGAGAGUUCCUUGGAAUGAGGUUUGAAAAUAAUCGAACUAAGCUGAACUUGAGGGUAAAACUAACUUAUCUUGUUUAUCAGGCUGCUGUUCUUAGAACCUUGCCUGUUAAAGUUGUGUGACUUGGUUUCCAGAUCCCUGCAUAUUCUAGAGUCUGUCAUUGAAUCAGCCUGUGGUCAAUCCCAGCAUUAGCUCUCGGGUCUUUUGUAGAGCAAAGCACACUGUAAGAAAGGAAAUGGGAUGAAUGGAUAUGUGGCUUUCAGUACCUAUUUGCCCCAUACUCUAAUGGGACAGUAUCCUUGUGACCACUUGUUCUAUGCACUCGGCGGCUGCUUCCUCCACCCCAGAUCUUUUAGAAGGGCAUAUAAGUAUCAUUGUUUGUUUUAAGUAAUUGGCUUCAGUUUGGGAUCCUCAUGUCAGAAGCCUCUGGUUCAAAUCAGGGGUGGGGAACCUCAGGCCCAGGGGCCAUUUGGGUCCCUCCAGGCCUCUAGCCCUGAGAUCCUCCCCAGGCCACACCCCCUUCUGAGGUCAAAUGCUUCAUCAACCCUUCUAUGCACCCUCCUGCAGUGGGUGCUUGCUUGGAUAGAGAGGGCUGCAUGAAGAAACUAGCCUACUGUACAAAGGUAAUAGAUUCAUUUUUUGCUUUUUGUCAGCUUUUUCCUCUGGCCUUACCCACUUCUGGCAUGGGGCCACUGGAAGAUAACCUAGACAGCAAUGUGGUCCGCUGACUUAAGUUGUCGUAGCCAAUAGCCCCAAAGGAGAAAGAAUUUUUGUAUACAUACUCUGUGUCUGGAAGUCUGGAAGUCGAUGAGGGUGAACAAACUGAAACUCCAGACAAGACAGACAUAUGUAUGUAUGCCUAUAUGUAUUCAUUGUUAAUCAUAUUUGUUAGACCCCCUUCAUAAAACAAGUUCUCUAGGCAUUGUAUACAGUCAGUUAAAAACAUAAGAAUGAUUCAGUAAAAAAUAAUAAUUCAGUGACUCUUAAAAAAACUAACCUAAACUAACUAAAAACUAACCCGGCAAGAAACAGAAAUACAGAAAGGCCAACAGAAAUACAGAAAGGCCAACCCAAUAAAAGAAAAUACAGACCACAUGAGCUGAAAACAGUGAGCAAAUACUGCAGUUAACACUAUCAACUGUAGCACAGGGACUAAACUAAUGAGAUCUUUAAAAAGGCCUGGGAGAACAAAAAAAGUCUUAGCCCAGUAGCAAAAGGAUGACAAAGAAAGCUUCCUUAGAGAUAGUACAUCCUGCAAGAUGGAGGCACUUCCAAUGGAGAGGGCACACUGAGAAGGGCCUCUGUAGAUGACCUCAGGGUUUGGACAGGUCGUGCUGAUGAUCCUGGGCGAGGAGCUCAACCUGUUUGGAUAGAGUUACCCUCCCCAGAAGCAGCAGGUUCACAGCUUGGGUGUGCUGCUAGAACUGUCUGUGCUCUUGCAUGUGGAAGUGACAAUAGUGCCCUGGAUUGCCUUUGACCAACUCCAUCUGAUUUGGCAGCUGUGCUCUUUCCAGGAGAAAUCAAAUCUAGCAUGGUUAUUUCCAGGUUGGAUUACUCUAAUGUGCCUUAUGUGGAGCUGCAAGCCAGGAAUGUCAAGCGAUUCAGAAUGCUGGGGCCCGUAGGGUCUACCAUUUUACGCCUGUUUUGUACAAGCUUCAUUGCUACAAAUUUGCUUUCAAGCUCAAUUCCAGGCGCUGGCCUUGACCUUCAAAACUGGCAUGGGACCAAACCAAUGUACCUUCUCCUCAUCUUCUCCUCUCUGAACCUGCAGGAGAUCUUGGCUCAGUUUUUAAGGCCACUUUCACUGUCCUCCCAUCAACAGAGCUGCAGUUGGUGUAGUGGCACCAGUACUUUGGAACAACCCCCUUAAUGAGCACACACAUCAAACUGUUUUAGACCAGCUGACCAUUUUUAGUCAAGUGCCUUCAGAUAAUGUCUGCUGGUGUGUUUUAUCGAUGUUGUUGUUGUCGUUUCUAAGACUGUAUUUUAAAUUGUGUUGGUGUUGUAUCUUUGAAAGGCAUGGAACGGCGGGAUAUAAAUAUUUAAAUGAAUAAAUAAUAAAAUACCGCCCCUUGUCAUGUCUGCCUCUCCUUUUCCCAUUGUCUCCUCCUCUGUCAAAAAUUUGUAAAGCCUUUGGGACAUUAAAACACCCCGACACGUCACUCCAUAUAUCAGUGCAUACAAUGGUGGCGCUAAGCAGAACCACUAGUGGGAAGCGGGAGGCUUCUGAGUAUUCCUCAGGUUACAGUUUCAAUCCACUUUAUAACUUGAGUAGUGUGUUACUUUAAAAACAAACACAUCAGUGGAUUAUUUUGGAGGGACCAGCACUAGCUUAUUGCAAAGUAUUAAAAUAAGUCACACAUGUUGUAGGUGCCCUUCUCAACAAAUCCCCCACUCUUAACAGUUGAUCAUACAAAAUUGAUAAUCUUGCUCUGGACCUGAUCUUCUCAGUCACAUCUAGCUAAUCUCACCAUAUUUUGGGCUGUCAUGAUAUUAGCUACUGGUUCCUUUCCUCCAUGGUGGAUGUGGCUCUUCUGUCCUUUUUUGCUGUGUGUUAGUGUCUUCUGCACUCACCCAUUGUGUAAAGGGGGCAGGAUACUAUCAAUCAUUACAUUCUUAGGUAUAGAUGAGUAAGUGGCUGGGAGUAAAAAUAUAAAUUUGUUUUCUUUAGAAGGCAGAUUUCUAACUUCCCUGGUUGUGAAUGUACAUAUUGAUUUGUGGGGGUGGGGAGAGAGAGAAUGCAAGAAGGACUUGCCAAAUAACUUUUGUUAUUUAGCAAAUAUUUUGUUAUUUAACUUUUGUUAUUUUGUUAUUUAGCAGGUGAUAAUUUAUUUAUCGUACAUGAGUUUCUGGCUUUCCAUCUUAGGGCUCAUCCAGACAUCCUUUUGUGCUGUGUUUCUAGGUACACAUUUGUGUUUGAAAGUGCUGUGUCCAAGUCCCUUUUUUCUUUUUUUGCCCUGGCACUUUCCCUGCCCAAACCAGCUAUUUACCCCUGAACCAGAGCAAUCUGCAGAAAGCCCCUAAUUGCUGUUUCAUCUGAUCCAGCAUUAAAAAGCAGGUUUUCACUGAAAAGGGCCAGGACAUUAAAAAAACGCUCGGACACAGCACUUUAAAGAUUGGAUCUGUGCCUAGGAAGUGUGGAGCAAAAGGUUAGUGUGGAUGAGCCCCUAGUGUUUGACCAGGCUCCUCUUCAUGCUUAAUCACAAACACUCAUUCUGUCUCUCACCGCUCUUCCUCCCUGUAUUAUCCUCCUCCCGCCUUGCUGCCUCUGAUUUUUGCAGUAAGUCAGCCAAUAAAUCUGCACAAAUUUUGCCCUAGCAUCCAUAAUUCUUGGUGAAUAAUUUUAGAAUUUGGAUUCUUUUUAAAAUGCAAGCUGCCUUGAUGAAGGUGAUUGCCUUUUUUUGUUCUUGUGUGUUUUGCUUUUAAAGCUGUAUCCUGCAUGCAUUCUUUCCCUCCAGCUCUUCCUUUCGUGAGUUGCUGAUGAAAGUGUCAUGGAUUUGAACAAAGGGGACUCAGAUUGAAAUUCCACGAAGCUCAUUGGGCAACCAUAGUGAUUGACACUCUGCUUUCCCUCCUUCACAGAGCUGUUGUGAGGGUAAAAUGGAGAAACCACCCACCUGCUCUUGUGAGCUCCUUGAGGGGAAAGCAGGAUGUGAAUGUGAUAAAUAAAGGUUGAAAACCCAACCUGACCCCCCCCCUUUGUGCUAAGAACCUCUUAUUGCGGUGGGAUCCUGAGGUUAUCCUGAAAAUGGGACAGGUUGGGGUAACGGGAAGAGAAACAAAACAAAACAACAUGAGCUCAGCUCCCCAAGAAAAAGUCAAUUGAACACCUGCCAUUGCUUUUAAAUAUAGUGUGGGGAGUUUGACUAAUUGAUCCACUGGGAACCAUCCACCUCUGAUUCCAAAACAACUUUCCGAAGCAAAAUUGGAGGGGGCAGGUGGAUGAGAAAGAAGCGAGGACUUGCUGUGGUAGAUGUUGGCUUUGAGUGGUACAGCAGGGCAAAUAUGAUCAUCUGAAUCACUCUUGGGGUGAAGGGAACUAAGGCUUGAAUACGGCAUAGUACCUGUGAAUCUGGGUGCUGUUUCUGGAAUUUUAACAGCUUGUUCAGUACAUUUUUUAAAUUAUUAUUAUUAUUAUUAUUAAUUAUGUUGCACUUUAGAAAACGUCAUGUUUCUUCAAAGAUUAAGUACAUGCUUUUGAUCCAUCCAGUUGUCCCAAUUUGCAUGUGUGUGUGUUUAAAGUUUUAUACACACACAUAACCAUACCUUUCUCUAAUAUAUUCACCAACAAAUGUACAUGAUGUUUAGGAAAUUCAACACAGCAAAACCCCAGAGGGAGUCAGGAGCAAGCAAAGGUAUAAUUGUGAUUACUUCAGUUACAUGGUGUGGUUUUUUGGGGGUUUUUUGCCUGUUAACAGGCUUCACUCACCAUCAGGCAUGGAAAACACAUUGGACAUGGACAUUGGGAAAACCAGCCACUUUUUCUUUUUCAAAGCAAAAUCAAUUAUAGUUACGUUGUCCUGGAAAUGCCUGCCUUAAAGGGGAUGCUACAAAUUUCUCAAACAAAAACGUAUAAAAUAAAUUAUCGUAUUUCUUGCAGGAAGAAAACUUGAGGAAGAGAAAACUCCCAGUUGUAAGCUCUGUAGUCCGAGUGAAACGGUUCAGCAACGAUGGAGAGGAGGAGGAGGAAGAGGAAGACUGUGGACUCCGUCUGGGAGGCAUCUCCAGCAGCGUAUCUGUGCCUGCAAAACCUGAGAGAAGGUACCUAAGAAUUGUGGGGUUUGAAUUAGGCCAAAGAAAGUAAGCAUCAAGAUAGAUUGUCCUGAGUUCCUGAUGUGCCUAAGCUGUUUCUGGGUGUCUGGCCACAUUGCAAGAUCAAAUGAUGCCAUAUGCCCAAGAAAAUACAUUAGAAGUAAUUUUGUUGCCAUCGUAUUGCUUGAUUAUUUAAGGCCUGGCUUUUACAGUAAAUGAUUGCUUACGGAGGAGAAAACAAAUGCAAGCCCUGGCAACCUGGGAGCAGCACGCUAGUAGGAACUGUUGCCAUUGCUGCAGGGUGAUCAAGUGGAGAGAGGAAUUGCCAACUGAACCAGAAACUGAUGGGUAGGAGAUGCCUCGGUGAGCGUCGUGUGAACCCACAGUUGCUGGUUGUCCCAACAACCAGGGUGGGACUUCCCUUCCACCUUAGCUUUCGCGCAGUGUUUUCCCAGCAGUGCCUCGCAGGCCAGUGCUGAUCUCAAGAUGUAUUUUGCUGUGGAUCCAAAAGUUGGAUCCAACAGUUAUUUCAUUAUGUUUGCAGAAAAGGGAAUGGGGUCAGAGAGGACUACAGAAGAUCAGGAGCGCAUCCAUAUUGGCCUCUGCUGCCGCCACAGCAGAAGCGUGACUUCUGCAGUCGCUGGAUGUAUGGCAGGGGAUUGCAGAAUAUUAAAGGGUGCCCUCUCUGUGGAGAGGAAUGCCAGGAGAAGAGAAAUCAGUCCUAUUUCAGUAAUAGGAUGCGUGGCUCACAGAGUAGCACAGAAGGUGGCAGACGCAAUAGGGCAGCUGAUGAUCAAAUAACUCCAAAAAUUCUAGUCUGUGCACCUCGUGAAGAUUUCAGGCAAGCCUUUGAAAACACAGCAUAGCAAUACUUCACUCUUCUAUGGUUCUACAAUGACAAAUUAAUUUCCUUGUAUCUUUUUUUGUUCAAUGCCUCCAGGCCUUCGCUGCCGCCUAACAAACAGGCCAAUAAGAAUUUAAUAUUGAAAGCUAUCUCUGAAGCCCAGGAAUCUGUUACAAAGACAACAAAUUAUGCUGCAGGUAAGUGACUGUAGUUUGACAGGGACACGUGAGCUCCAAGCCCAGUUUAGUAAGCCUGAAUGAAUCGAGGCACAGGAAGAUAAACCUAAACAGCAACAUAUCCAAAAGAUCACUGCCACCACCUGUGGCAUGAGUCAUAAUGGUUUGCUAUCUUACUUCAACUACAGGUGUUCUAAGUUAGCAUGUUUGUUUUAUCUUUGAUUAUUGCUGUUAGGGUCAUAGGAAGCUCCCUUCUACCGUGUCAGGCUAUUGGUCCAUUGUAUUGUCAAACCUGAUUGGCAGUGACUCUCCAGUGGCGCGAGACACAAGGGAUUGAACUUAAGAUCUGUUGUGAAUGCUAACCGUGCUUAUUUUGCAUAUGUUUAAGUUUUAACAUCAGGCAAUACACCGAGCAUCUGAUGAGGUGGACUUUAGUCCCUGAAAGAUCCUGCCAUCAUCCAUGUUAAGGUGCCACUGUUUGUUGUUUUAACUGCGGUGGACUUAACAUGGCUGCCCCUCUGGAAAUGGUUUUUGGUUUGACACUGAAAACACCAGCCCCACAGAUCAGUUUUCAUUGCAAGAUCACAAGUGAGAUGUUUGCUGCAGAGCUGGCACCAAAUGGUGUUGUAAGUGAACAGAAGCCCCACUUGUUACGGAAAAGCUCCCACAGUCUCUCUUAUGCCCUAUCUAUGCCCUGGACUAACAACCUCAUCCCAGACAUGUCUAUUUGCACAUUUAUUGAAGCUUAUUCCCAGGGAAGUGCGGAUUGCAGGCUAAAGCUGGGAUCCGUAGUGCUGUGAGGGAACUAGAAGUACCCAACACAGAAUUUUCAGUACAGUUAUAAGGAUUCUUUGGGGGAAACCAUGAUGGUUAAGUGGGUAUAAAUCUUACUUUAAGCUCGAUGUGCAGAUCGGUCUUUAAGUCUCUGAAAUAUUUCUAUAUUUCUCUGAUGGGAUUUACAUUCCACCUCUCCUAGCAGAAGGUUUUCAAGAUUGCUUACAGCUUUAAGGACUACAUUGCAAUAGUAAAAACAACCCAUGAAAUGGAGCAUUGAAACCACACAUUAAUGUUCUAGCAUUGUAGCCUUGCUGAGAAUCUAAAGCCCACUGUAAUCUUCUGGCAUUGGCAGGAAGGGCCUUCAGUGGCUCCCCCUCAAGUAAGAAAGGACUGUGAGAAGUGCUGGCAAAUCUUCUUGCCCCCUAGAUGAUGAUACUGUAUUAGCAGCCAGAUGGAAACAUCAGUGCAACCGGAUAGCUUAUCAUUUCUCUGCUGGCUGUCUAUCCAGUGUGUCAGCUAACAUUUGACUGAGACAAAUGUUCCCCAAACCAACACAUUCUUUUUUUUAAAAAAAAAAUAUUUUUAUUAAUUUUCCAAUAUAAAAAACAUACAAAACAAACAUCUUAUUUAUCACCAACAUCCUCUUUUUUUUUUUACUCCCCCCAGCCUUUCUGAUGAUUCUCCGUUCUAUUUACUUCUUCCACAUUUCUCAAUAUUGCACUACCUUAAUAUCUUAAUUAUCCCUUAUUUUUUAAAAAACAAUAUUUCUGCCUUACAUUUUCACAGAACUUCCUGAAAACCUACAAACGUUAUUUGAUCAUCACAUAGUGUUUGCAUAUACUCUGUAAAUUUAAUCCAGUCUUCAGUGAAUCUCUGGUCACGUCGAUUCCGGAUCCUUCCUGUUAAUUUAUCAAGUUCCGCGUAAUCUGUCAAUUUCAUUCUCCAUUCUUCAAUCGUAGGCAAUUCUUCUUGUUUCCAUUUUUGGGCCAACAAUAUUCUUGCUGCUGUUACUGCAUAUAAAAACAACUUCCAUUCUUUCUUAUUAAUUUCAUUUCCUAUUAUUCCUAGUAAAAAUGCUUCUGGUUUCUUAGUAAAUGUAUAUUUCAACAUUUUUUUCAUCUCAUUAUAUUGUUGUUGUUUAGUCGUUUAGUCGUGUCCAACUCUUCGUAACCCCAUGGACCAGAGCACGCCAGGCACUCCUGUCUUCUAUUGCCUCCCGCAGUUUGGUCAGACUCAUGUUUGUAGCUUCGAGAACACUGUCCAGCCAUCUCGUCCUCUGUCGUCCCCUUCUCCUUGUGCCCUCCAUCUUUCCCAACAUCAGGAUCUUUUCCAGGGAGUCUUCUCUUCUCAUGAGGUGGCCAAAGUAUUGGAGCCUCAGCUUCACGAUCUGUCCUUCAAGUGAGCACUCAGGGCUAAUUUCCUUAAGAAUGGAUGCGUUUGAUCUUUUUGCAGUCCAUAGGACUCUCAAGAGUCUCCUCCAGCACCAUAAUUCAAAAGCAUCAAUUCUUUGGCGAUCAGCCUUCUUUAUGGUCCAGCUCUCACUUCCAUACAUCACUACUGGGAAAACCAUGGCUUUAACUAUACGGACCUUUGUUGGCAAGGUGAUGUCUCUGCUUCUCAUUAUAUAUCAUCUCCCAAAAGCUUUUUACUUUUUUACAUUCCCACCACAUAUGGUAGAAUGUUCCUUCUUUUUCCUUACAUUUCCAACAUUUAUUACUUACUUUAUACAUCUUUGCUAACUUCACUGGUGUAACAUACCAUCUAUACAUCAUCUUCAUCACAUUUUCUUUUAUUGUGGUACACGCAGUGAAUUUCAUUCCUUCCUUCCACAAUUUUAUCCAAUCAUUCAGUUGAAUAUUAUAUCCAAAAUCUUUGGUCCAAUCUAUCAUAACCGAUUUCACCUCUUCAUCCUUUGUAUACCAUUCCAAUAAUAAUUUAUACAUUUUAGAUAAAGUUUUAACUUCAUUUUUUAAAUAUUUCCUGUUGAAACCUUGAUUCCUUAUCAGCAAAACCUCUUUGUACUAUAUCAUUUUUAAACAUUUCAUUAAUCUGAAAAUAAUGCAGCCAAUCAUUAACAUAUUCUUUAACCACCUCAUAUGGUUUCAAUUUCCAUUUACUUCCCACUUUCUUUAUUAAACUCUUGUAUGUCACCCAAUUCCCCCUCAUAUUAAUCUUCUUCACACUCAAUACCUCCAAUGGAGAUAACCAAUAUGGGGUUUUUGGCUCUAAUAGAUUUUUAUAUCUAUCCCAAACUUCAAUGAGAGAUCUUUGAAUUAUAUGAUUUUCAAAACCCUUAUGUACUCGCUUCUUAUCCAACCACAAAUAUGCACGCCAACCAAAUCUGUUGUCAAAACCUUCCAAAUCUAACAUUUCUGUAUUUUCUAAUUUCAUCCAUUCUUUCAACCAACAGAGGCACGAUGCUUCAUAAUAUAAUUUCAAGUCUGGCAGGACGAAGCCUCCUCUAUCCUUUGCAUCUGUCAAUAACUUAAACUUUAUUCUCGGCUUCUUGCCCUUCCAGAUGUACUUUGAAAUUACUCUUUGCCACAUUUUCGGUAACACACUCAUCUUUAUCAUAGCAAUUCUUCCCCAAAAUGACAACUUCAUUCUUCCCCACACCAAACCAACACAUUCAAGUGAAAGCAGAAGUAUAGACAAAAGACAAAAGCAGAAGGUUCGUGGAGCGAUAAAGGGGUAGCUUAUUAAUUAAUGUCUUUGAGGAUAUUUCACCCCUCCCAUUGCAAGAAUCUGCUGACAAUGUUUCAGAAAGGAGGGGGCGGAUUUUGCUCAUCGCUUCUUCCGCUCCAGCCUGACUUCAAAGGGAGUCUGAGUGUUAUCUGUAUAUAGAUAAGGUGACUGCUCAAGCAGCUGUAACACUCAUGCAGUCCAGCGUCUCCGAUUAGUCUUUAGUUUUCUCAGUAGCUGUAGAGAAUAAAAGAAGUUAUACUUCAGAGCUGUCGUUCGUGUGGUUCAUACUCUGCUGUGCUCCGCUGACUUUUGGAACUGAGUUUUGGUGCUCACAGCUCUAAGUUGUAAGUGCACAGCACUUAGACCACCUCCCUGCAGUGGAAGGUCUCUGGGAGUGCUUUUCCAGCUCGCCUGGCCCAGUCGGGGCUGAAGAGGUUGAGCCCAGUCGUUGGCACUGGCUCAAAGGCGAAGCUGACAGUCUUGAGUUAAUUUCGUGCCAGAAAUCCGUCUGAAAGCCACACUUUUAUGAGGUUAGAAAUUGCUGCUUCUUUUGGCCUAUUUGUCUAGAUUUCUAGAGAAUGCAAUUAACUUUUGUGAUAAUGAAUCAUCUGCUCUUUGCAUAUCAGCCUUUGAUGAUUUGUUUCUUUUUUAUUUGUGGAAAGUGCCAGCAAAGCAGACAGUUCCUGUGGCUCCCAGAACCCGGACAUCUCAAGAGGAAACCUUUCUGGAAGUGAUGCAUGGCCAGAGCCGGCCGUCCAGAGGGAACUCCCAGAUACAGGAAGAAGAGCCAAAGGAACAAGCAUUAGGGAGACUUCCAGGUGAUACUGAAUAAAGUGCUCUGUUCUCAAGGAGAGGUUAAUUCUGUUCUCCAGCCCAAAAACGUGUGUUAUGCUGCAGGCACAUGUAAUUCUGUUGAAUAGGAAUCUCAACCCAAUAAGCCUCAGAUUCUUGUGUGCUUCUCUUUCAUUUCCUCACUAUAAUGGAGGGGGCCCCCACAUUUUCUGUUAUUGGUGGUGAAGCCCACCAGCAAGGCAUAAAGUCUCUUUUCCCACAAAUCCGGCAACUGGAAUUUAGUGGCAUUCAUUGCCUCUAAAUGGAGAUGUUCCAACUAGCUAUUGUGGGGUAGCCAUCCAAUUAGCCAAGGGUGGACCUAUUUAUCCAUCUUAAAUUUGCCUUAAUCCCCUUUUAAAGGCAUCCAAGGUAAUGUUGAUUUCAUGAGAUAAAACCAGCUACAGAGCAGGGAGGCAGUGCAGAAGCCCAAAGUCCACUUCCAGUCUCUCUAGGAAGAAUCCAAGAGUAAAGUAUUGCUCAAAUAGGUCCAUAGAGGAAGAGGCAGAAAUCUCCUAGCAUUGUGCAGAUGAGUAGAAUAAGUGGAAGCUGAUUGUAAGAGAAUCCCGUGCCUUGUGGAGGGUGGGAGAGCACUUGUUAAGAAUAGAGUUGCAGGAAGUGACUGCACAGCUGUCCCUUAAUUUGCGUUGCACAGGCAGUAAAAUACUUUUUCAUUCCACGUUUAUUUUAGGAACCCAGCAAAGGCAGCUCUUUUCCCGUCUCCAGAUAGAACCGGCCAUUGGAGAAGCAUUACAAAAGGCACAAGGUUAGCUGUGGUUGUUUAAUAAAAAAGAAAAAGAAAUCAGGCUUCCCAAAGCCUCCUUACAGCCAAAACUCUGUAUAUUUUAGGUUUAAAACAGUGCCAUUUAACUUUUAUUAGGUUAAAGUCCAAAUCGUAUUUGGAAAAAAAAGUCCCUUCAGUGUUUUGCUAAUGGGAAGGUACUUAUUUUGUCACCUGCUGUCAAAGCCAAUCCCAAGUGGACUUUGUGUUACUAUGUCCGACGUUGAUGCAUUAAUUUUGUGUUGAAGAAAGAAGCUUAAAUUACUUUUAUUUCAGAUUGUAGCAAACUGUGGAGUUCUUUUGAAGGCCUUCAUUUGACUGAGUGGUCUGAAGCACAGAUCUGUUCAUUCUGUUUGCCUUGAAAGCCCUCUUGGGAGCUUCUCUGAGGAAAGUCCCAUUUAAAUAGAUGAAAUCAAACAGAUGGAUUAUUGGGCUGGCACCAUUUAUUUCAGGGAGACUUGCACAGGGGGAAAUUCCUGAUGGGUCACGUCAAAGGCAUUCAUUCUGACUGCACUGUAAUAGCCACCUUUGUUCAAGCAAUGAAUCUUGGAUAGCUUUCCACACAACAUCCCAUGUACUUAAGAGAUGCUUUUAAUGCAGUCAUGCAAUGGCCUGCACGGGUUGGCCAUCCCCCCUGUGCCCCCUAUUUUGCUUGCUCUCUCUUUCCCCACCAAUGCCACUCUUGCUCAAUUAACAUCCAAUACUAGUUGCUUCUCCUGGCGCAGAGCUAGCAGCAGGGAUAGGACUAUACAUGUGCAUAGCUCUGUGCCACGUUUAACACUGUGUGCUGCAGCGGUUGCAAGCAUGGUUUCUUGUGGCCACUCUUGUAUCCAUUAAAGGACCGCUGGGCCAGGAGUGACGAGAGCAUAUGAACUGAAUUAGCAGCCUAUCUAGUGCAGUGCCAUCUUGACUUCAGUGGCUGCUUGUACAGGCAACUCCCCACUUACUCUGAGGUUACAUUCUAAGCUCUCGCACACAUAAGUGAAAUGUGCGUUAGUGGGGAGCCCACUGCAGUAAGUGCAGCUUCCCAUAUAACAGCUGUUGAGCAGGGUAGUGUGGCAGCAGUGAGAGCUCCUGUGUGCCAUUUGGGGCCCUUGGAGUCUUUUCUUCUAGACUUUUGGCUCACUAGCAUCCUAUUUGGGCUCUUGGAGGGUCUCCUUACCAGCCACAAGGACUUUCCAGCUCUCCCACCAUUUCAGGUUAGAAUUGAUUGAUUGAUUGAUUGAUUGAUUGAUUUCCUGGUGCCGUGUGUAUAUGUGGUCGCACACAAGUGAGGGGAUGCCUGUCCAGUUCUGUUCCUGCUGCAGUGGAAAAUAUGCUAGUUUAAUGCUCAGCUGGGCAGGCUGCGUGACUUUGCUUAUCCUCAUUAAAGAGCUUCACACUUGUCCCCAUGCUUGGGUUACGACAGCCUGAUUCGAACACUUCUGCCAUUUUCUCUGGCUUAGAUUACUAUGACUUGGAAUCGAUGGUCCACACAGACACCAGAUCGUUUAUCUUGAAGAAGCCCAAGCUAUCUGAGGAGAUAAUGGUGUCCCAGAAUCUGGAAGUGGGUAAGAGGGCCUCGGAGGCCUUACAGGCACUCUCAGGACGGCUCAUACAGACAAGGUAAAAAGUUGUUUCUUAAAAAUUCAGUAAAAGGCUUAAGAAACUCAAGCUUACUUACCUAGUUGCAGCAACUGGCAUACCUGAGUCUCAAGCUUACUUACCUAGUUGCAGCAACUGGCAUACCUGAGUGGUGUGUUUUGGUGCUCAGUUGCAUCAUACAUAGGGAAAUGUCAAAGGGGUUGUGUGAAUUAGGUCUCUUAGCUUUGAAGAUGUGUUUACUCCUUUUCUAAAAAAGAUAGCCAUGGUGAAUUGCUCUAGUUCCUCUCCCUAGCUUUUUUUUACCUGCCUUCAAAUGGCUCAUUAAAUGACGGGGCUGCUUUAGUCCAAUAAUUCACAAACUGCUAGCACAUUGCAAUAAAUCAGUUGAUUGAAUGAGCCCAAAGGACCCACCUACAAAAGCAGCUGAGGGAAGGCCAUGUCCUUAUUGGGUGCAAUCAGAUGGUAGGAAAAUAGCCCUUUCUUGCUUGUUGUUCCUCGGAAACUGGUGUCCAGAGGCAUGCUGCCUCCGAUCAUAAAUACAGCUAUUGUGACCAGUAGCCACUGACAAUCUUAAUUUUUCACGAACAUGUCUAAUUCCUUCUUAAAACCAUCUUAAACGGGUGACCAUCACCCUGCCUUGUGGUAGCAAGAAGCCUACUUACUGUGCCCCUGCCUGAGUCACAGUUCUGAAUGGGCCUUCUGAUUGGAAGAGCAAUGACUCAUACAGACUCAGCCAAUCAGUUGCCUCUGGGGACAGGAAAUCCUUCGGGUCUCGUAUCCUGCUUGGAGACCUCCCAAAGGCAUCUGGAUGGCCACUGAGAAAGACGAUGCUCAGCUAGAGAGGCCUCUAGUCUGAUCCAUCAGGAAUCUUACGUUCUCUUCUUACACAAACUGAGAAAGGAGCAUCUUUUCUAUUUUAGCUUAGAAAAAAUGCAUAUCUCAGUUAUCAGAAGUUUAAGGAAAGUGGUUUAGAGAUAAGAAUGUAUCUUUAAAAAAAACAAAUUCAGUCUUUUGUCAACAGGAAACUUUCACAGAUUGUCAUGAAUUGGGUGUGAAUGUGUUGUCGCACAUUUAGUCUGCUCUCUGUUUCAGUAGCUUUGACGUUCCUUCUGGGUUUCCCUCUCUCAUCUCAGGGAGCAGCUUGUGCAGCCAGAGAAGCCUGCUAGUCCCAAGUUCAUAGUCACCUUGGACGGAGUCCCCAGCCCGCCAGGAUACUUGUCUGAUCAAGAGGAGGAGGAAAUGAGUCUCAUGGAAGGAGUAAGGCCAGUUGCCCCCAAAGCAACAGCCAACAAGGGAUUAAGAAGCCUUCGUGCGCAACAGAUGCACAUUAUAUCCAGACAGCUGGAGAGCACCGAUGGUAACAGUCCAUCCCCAGUGGAUAAGCAUCUUUUGUUAGCUUCGUUGCAAAGCUUCUUUAUUUGCAUUGCUUUCUUUGGGCAACUCGAGCUGAGCACAAGGCGGGAAGGAAUGCAGUGACUGAACUGCAGGCUAAGUUCCCAUGGCAGGUUCUUUUCUAAUAGACCUCUCACAAUGGGAAGAACACAGCUCUGAUCCCCACCCUCAACGUUGUCUAAGCAUAAUUAGCAAACAGCACAGGCCCUGGUUGGAUGCACCACAUUUAAGGCAGUGGUUGGGGAGUUGCGGUCCUGCAGAUAUUGCCAGAUUACAACUCCCAUCAUCCCUGGCCAUUGGCCAUGCACCUGAUGAGGCUUAGGACAGUUGGAGCACAACAACAUCUGAAGGGAUCACCACUUUUGCCAACCCUGCGUUCCUGACUUAAUGAAAGCUCAUCUGGGAUUGAAGCAGCAAACAGUAGACUCCUAAAUCCUGGGGGGUAGCCAGUUAUGAUCAUCUCUACUGUUUGGGCCAGGAGCCUCAGGCUAUACAGUUGCCUAGGACAGAAAUGCUUCUGUCCCAGAGAUGAAAUCAUGAGCCAGGAGCGAUUUCCCCAUGUCACAUGUGUAACAGCAGCUGGUGUGUAUUGUAUUUUUCAAUCGCUGGUGCCUUAUAAUUAUUGUUUUUUAUUUUAAACAAAUAUUCUGUUUAUUUUUCUUCUCUUGACUUGGAGGCCUAGGUGGGGCAGGAAUAUUUUAAAUAAAUAGCACACCCCAUCACAUUUUGACACUUUAGAGUCUCAAAUUUGCAUGGUUUUGAUGUGGGUAAAUAAUCCCUGUGAUGGAAAUGGUCUUAAAUUUGAACAGCCAAACCACUUGAGAUCAACUGGAGCCUCUUUGCUUUCUCUCUGCAGUGGAGAUGGAGGAUGUUGGUGCCCUGCACAAAGCGGAAAAAGUACCCGAGCGCUGCAAGUAUUGGCCCGCCUGCAAAAAUGGAGACGAAUGUGCCUUCCAUCACCCCACAUUGCCGUGCAAGUUAGUGGUACAAAUGCUUCUUGAUGCAGUUGGCCCUCCUGGUCUUCAGGCACAGCGUUCACAAAAAUUAGCUUCUCCCCGUCUUCUCCUCUGUAUUAGUCCUGAGCAAAAGCCUCCACUGCACUGGAAUGAAAUUUCCGUGCCACGGGUUAUGGCAAUGGCCACUAGCUUAAAGGGCAAAAGGGGAUUGGACAGAGGCAAAGAGGAGGAGAGGUCUGCCAUUGGUUAUUUGUCAUAACGCCUAAUCAAAGUUCCAGGGUCAGGUCGGUUCAUUUCUGAAGACCAGGUAGAGGGAUUAUAUUGAAAGGGCAAUUGCCUUUCUGCCAGGCUUGUGUGCUUCGCAAAAGCCAUUGGCUGACUACAGCAGUAAACAGGAUGCUAGGCUAGACGGGGUCUGAUUGAGCAGGCCACUGCACAAAAGCUUCUGGGAGAGAAGGGAGGUGGGUCUGCUCUUGGGUCUCCAGCUCUGCUUCCUGACAGCUGUGGAUUUGGUUGGCUUCUUGCAUCACCACAGUAGAACAGGUGUAGCCAAACGGGGAGCGUAGUCAGGGUUUCGUGUACCCAACCGAGGCUAAAGUUGAAGGACCCUACAGCUCAAAGCAGCAUGGCCAGGGGUGAUGGGAGAUGCAGGCUAACAACAUCCAGAAAAUAGCUGUGAGAAAUAUACACUAUAGAAGUAUAUAUUUAAUUGUGAUAGAGGCAAAUCCUUAUGAAAAGAGGGAAUACAAUUAAUAUUGUGAGGUAUAUAUAGUACAGCGAGGUUUGGGGGAAGAGCUGAAAAGCUGUUUUUAGUGUUUCAGAAUGCAUUGCUACUUCAUCUAUUCUGCAGCUCCCUCGAGCAGAUUUAUGUCAGCACUAUUCAGCUCUUUAGCCCUUUCUCAGAGCAUUUAAUUCAUCUGUGAUCUAAAAAAUCCACAAAACAUAGAAUGAAACGGGGUCACUGCAGAGGGCUGAGUGCUCAGGAUGAUGUGGCAGUGACGAGAUUCCCCUUUCCCCACCAGUCCAGUUCUUAAUCCACAAACAUCAGAUCAGUUCUCUAGAGGUCUGACAACUAACCUUCCCCCCCCCUUCAGUUCAGUAUUGAGUAUGUCCAUUGACAUCAUUGGGAUCCAUUUUGGCUCUUUUUAUGCCCAUUUUAGAGUUUGGGGAUUUCAUUGGAAAAACCCAGACCUUACCAACUUGGCAGACCUUGAUUUUGGCACACAUGUAACUUUUUUGGUUGCUUUGAACUCUCUAGAAUUGGCUUGCAGAUUUCUGCCCGUUUAUUAUUUGAGCAUGGAAAGCACUUGAAGCCAGAGGGUUUUUUGAAAAGACGGAAUUGAGGUUUUCCUUUAGAAUUCUAGCCCAAGAGCACCAAUGUCUUGAUUUAAGUAAAACUGUAUUUGAUGCCAGGGAUGAGGACUGAGGUGUAAACAUAGAUGUUAUUUUGAAAAAGUGAGUACAUUCUAACAAGUUUACCCAGCAGCUUUCCCUUUCACAUUCCAGAGUCUUUCCCAACUGCAAAUUUGCGGACAAAUGCUUGUUCAUCCAUCCAAACUGUAAAUACGAUGCCAAGUGCACCAAGCCAGAUUGCCCCUACACUCAUGCCAGUCGUCGGACCCCACUGCCACCUCCUAAACCAGGUAAAGAUUUAUUGCUAUUCCAGGUUUUGAUGUGGGCUUGCUGGGAAGAAUGUGCUGGUGACAGCAGAAUCUGAUCUAGCGAAACCAAAGGCAGGUUGCUUGUGGGUUUCCCAGAGGCAUCCAAUUGGCCAAGUUGGGAAACAAGAUACUGAACUAGAUGGACCUUUGAUUGGUGGAGCAGGGCUCUUCUUAGGUUCCUCCUGCCUCUGCUAUCAAUUGGGUCAGUUGUUGAUUCUGACCUACACACACACACACACACACACACACCCGCAUGGCUGAAACAAUUGUUGAAAAUGCAGCACAGCAGCACACCAAACUUGCCAUUUGCUAACGACAAAAGAAAAGUCCAGCAGCAAAUCCGCUGUGCCAAACCAUAACGUAAAAAGUUUGCAGUGCUCUUCGACAGCUCUGCCUUCCCCCUACCACCACCACCGCCAAAAAAAGCAUAAAACAAAAUAUGCCAGGCCAACAACUCCGCCAACCAGUGCGUUGCAAACAUUGGCAAAUGUAUAAGAUAGAAUCAUGUUUCAACCAUUGGUAGUUGUGACCAUUGCAGUCUGCGUGUUUCAUAAUAUUUGGUUGCAGCAGCGCAGGCUGCUGAAUGAUAAUUUAAAAGACAUCACGAAGUUGUCUUUUUAACGUAAGAGGAGGCAGGUCUAGGUCUCUGAACUCAGCCCUGUCCCACAAGGACUGACAGCAGCUUGUGGGGUGAUGGGAAGGUGCUCCCCUUCUUUGCCUCGCUCAUUGCUGCCGCUUCCAGCAAAUGUUAUGGCUAGCCACUUCCUUGUCCUCCUUGGAGGACCCAAGACUCCCAGUCUCUCUGUUUCUCCUCCCCCCUCCCCCUGCAUUUCAACUUGGAAACAACUUUGUGGUGCAACAUGAUUUGAGCUGUGUUUUCCCCUUUCACAGGCCAUGAAAUUUUGCAGAAAGCUGUGUUUUGAACACAGAUGGAAAAAUGGUUAUGUGUUUUCGUCAAUGUUGCGUCUUUCUGAAGCAACCUGAAUUUUGGUUUUGAACUGCUUAUUUAUGCAUUAUAUUUAUAUCUGGUCUGUCAUAAUCUUAUGGGAUUUGCAGCAAAUGGAUCCUACAGUCUCCUAUCCAGACACUGGCCAGAUCCAGACCAUCUUAGUGCAGCAAGGUGGUUGUCUCACUUGCCUCCAGAAACAAUUUCCUGCAGUUGAACAUUAGGAAUUGAAAUUGCAGUUUUUUUGAAUGUUGUCAAUACAUGUGAAACCAUUCGCUGUUGUGUCUGGUAUCGGUCACUUCCCUCCUCCAUUAAUGGGUUUUGCAGCUCCACCUCCAGCACCGCCAACAUCUUCUAGCAGCCAACUCUGUCGAUUUUUCCCUGCUUGUAAGAAAAUGGAAUGCCCUUUCUACCAUCCCAAAGUAAGUACCAUAUUUUCAUUUCCUCUGCAGGGGAGUUUCAAAAAGUUGGGCUGAAGCUUUAAGUGGAACUCAUUCUGCGCCCAGGGAAUAUGAAGUAUUAGCCCAGCCCCGUUAAAUAAUCACUAUUAAUAUUUCCAGCCUUCAAGAGUACCGUAUUCUGUGCUUGACAACAUCUGUGUGCAUGCAUGCACACACACAUGCAUUGUAUAUAUUAACCUGGAAGGAGGGCUAGGCACAGAUCUUGUUAUACUCAAGAAGUAGUCCUAGUUUGCAAUUUAUAUGCACCUUAUUUUAGAUUUUAACUAUUGUCAAAUCCAAUUGUGUCCCCCUUUUCCUGUUCCACCCUUUGUCCCUUGCUGUUCCAAAGGAUCCCCCAACCCUCUGGAGCAGGUCUGAGGGACAGCAGUAAGGGACACCAGAGGAAAGGGGGAAAUAAGUGAAAAUGGACUUCCCCUUCCAUUGUAGGAUUUGGUUGCCGUAUGCAUAUUCAUUCCUUGAUGUAUGCGGCAUCACAUGGUGAUAUGCAUCUGUGAAUGAACUGUCGAUAACAAUCCAGAUGGGAAUUUCAUAUCACCUUAUAAAUACAAUGUUUUUACAUUGUGCUAUUCAUCAAGUGAAUUUUAUUGAACUGGUCCUAGGAUUUGUAGUAGUCAAUCGACCGCAGAAAUCUUCCACCCUAUGUUAAGAUAACCCAAGUCAUAUAUUUGAAAGGUUGUAUUAAAGAUAUGCUGUAAAUAGAAAUGUGCAAGUAGUGUACACUCUAUGGAUUUGACUAAACAGGCAAAACUGAACUCCCUUGCCAUUGCCUUUUCUCAGUCCCGUUAUUUUCUUAGCAUUGCAGGUUUAACACUCAGUGUACCAGAGUCGACUGUACGUUUUACCAUCCUUCUGUUUCUGUACCACCACGUCAUGCCUUAAAAUGGACCCGAACCCAAACUAGGUAAUGUAUUUCUCUUACUCUGUUAAAUUGCACAUGCUAAUCAAACAUGAAAAUGCACAAUCAUUUUGCUUAACAAGCUAUUAGGCAAAAACUGCAAGAAACUGGAGUAAGAGCAGUUCUUCAUCAUAUGUUGAAAACUCAUUUUUCAGAGUUUAGCUCUCCCUAAUUUUGAAAUAUAUGGGGAUUGGUGAUUUUUAGGGCAGAACGAUAAUUAUCAUGACACAUUUUCUAAUUUACUGUAUUUAUUUUUUUCAGUGAAUAAUUUGCACAACCCAUAAUUCACCAUUGUACAAUGAUGGGCGGAUACUCACUGAUGGAACAAGAUGCUGUAAAAGCUAUUGUAUAUGCCAGGCCUUGAAUCUAUAUUGUUUCAUAAAAUGAAGUCGAUUGCCUACUUGAAAUGUGAAAUUUUCAAAACUUGUAUAUUUAAUAACUGGUUUUACAUAUUUUUACUGUAAAAAUGUCAGUAGGGAAGAGGAUUUUGCUUUAACACUAAUAAAAAUGUCAAGGCGCGGUUAUUGUCCUACUUACGUUGGGCCAGUAAGUUUCUCCUUUUGCUCACAAUUUUACAAAUCUCCUUUGGACCAUCCAUUCCAAGACUGGAAAAAAAUUACUGCAUUACAAAGAAACUGUUUGUUUUGGGAAAUUGUUGUUAAAGUAAUAUAACUCAUAUGUGCUUUAAAGAAACCAUCAUCUUCAGUAUAGAUUACCUCACCUUUUUGCCUUUAAAUUUCUUUUCUAGAAAAUAGUAAGCAAGCUCUUAAAAGUAGGGAAAUGUUACCAAUUUAAUGACAGCUAAAGUAUGUGGAUUAUGAUAGGUCUGGGUCUGGUCAAUGCCUGAAUGAGAGACCAGCUAGGAAGAAAGGCAAGAUAUAAAUGGAAUAAAUUUAAUAGAACUAUUUUGAAUGGAAAUCAGGCUGGUGGAGAGAUAUAACUGCAGGUCAGCUGUCAGCACCCCAUCCCAGCAGACUGAAUUUCCCUCUCCCAGUUUAUUCAAAUUGGAUAUGUGAAGGGGUCAAGCAAUUAGUACUGGUGACAAAGAUUGCUACAACUAGCAUUUGAAACCAGAUUUUAAAGUUUGACUGUAAACCUGGUUAAGGUACAGUCUGGCUAGCUGUUACGUUAUUGACGUAUCCUUCAGCUUUGCUUUAGAAUUCACUCCUGGAAGGUUUGUAAUGAGGGAAAGAGCAUUCCGUCUUCUAACUUGUGUCUAGGGAAAGGCCUAAAUUGUAUCUGUUGCCUUCAUUGCAGUUAGUCUAGAUGUCUAGUCUCAGGAGUGAAGGAGUAUGGACAGGCCUGCUAAUAAGUCUGUGUAUUGAAGUACUGAUUUUCCUUGAAACAGUACUCUGCUAUAAUUCUACAUAGGUAUAUCCUGGAAUCCAAAUGGCAGAAAUGGGUGUUCUUCUGGGCUCCUUAGGGUAUAAUAUAAAAGAUUAAGCAGUAACAUAAAUGUAUUUUUUAUUAAAUCUUUUGUAUCUUUUGGGGAACUACAUUUUCACAAAAAUAUACAAAAGAUAAUAUUCUGUACAAAUAUUUACAUUGGAUAUCGGAAAACAAAAGUUAACUCCACAUUUUAAGCUCAAGUUUGACCAAUAUAUUCUUGAAUUCUGAAAUUUAACAAUCGAGGAAAUUAUUUCAAAAUCUUUGUUUUCAGAUUUUUUUAAAUAAAAAACUUGAUUUAUGCAAAAAAGGCUUAACUGAUACACUUUUUAAAUGACAAAUUCUAAGAUUAUUUGAUCACAGGGGUUAGCUCUUUAUGAUGAAAACCCAAAAGAGAACACAAUUUGCUACUGUAAUAAAGGUCACAGUUAACAUACACCUUUGGGUUAUAGUUGGACGUAACAUUUUGUUGCUGCUGUUAAAGCAAAAUGGAUCAUCUGACAAACACGUUAGAGUGAGAUAUUGGGGACCUAGAAAAUAAAUUGUUCCAGGAAUUUCAGUGAAAUGUGGUAAAACAGACAGUGAAGGGCAUAAAAAGUGUGUUGUGUUAAAAAAAAUAGGAACCGUGACAGCAUGGCAUUUCUAGUUAAAUGAUGAAUUGAAUACUUCAGGGCUUUUGGAAAUCGCAUAUUCAGAUACUUAUUUGUAACCUUGUUUAUGGAAAUACUUUCAAUUUGCAGGAAGCUAUUCCUGUUUCACUGAGGACAAAACUAGCCAGGAGCUGCCCUCACAUGAGAAAAGGAGAGGCGACCUUUUCAAGCAGCAGAAACACAGAGGCAGCACAUCCCAUUGUAUAUGUUUAUUUCCCCCUUGUUUCUGAUAGAGAUCUUCUCUCACCCCUUCUUCCUUGAUAGGGAAGGAGGUGCCAUUUUGUGGUCCGCCUCAGGUGCCAAAACGUCUUGGGCUGGCUCUGUUUAGCUGUGGCCUAAAACGGCUGGAAGCAGCCUGGCGAUCUUAAGCCCUUUGUGGCAGAAGCUGACCUUUAAUACUGUGCGGCUUAACCUGCAGCGCUCACUGGCAAAAUUGAAAACAAGGUUCUGUUGACCCAGUUCCCACCCACAUCUUCUCCAAUCUGGCUUCAGACAAACCAGGCAUCAAUAAAUCCCUCUAAACACACUUUCUGGUGCCUCUCAGCCUGAGAUCCAAAACAUUUAUUUGGAAGCAAGUCCUGUUGAUUUCAGGGCAACUUGAUUCAAAAUAAGUAGUACAAGGGACGUCAAGUAAGUGGGCACACUUUGGGUAAGUUUAGGUUUCACCAGCAUAGUGGGUCGGAUAAUGCGUUCUCUGUUACCACUUGCAAUGCACCCUGCAGAUGUUUUGUUUGUUGUAAUGCCAAAGUUUUCCAAACUUUGCAUGUUUUGUAUCAGUCCUGUACAGAUGGUCAAAUCCAGCGCAGCACCCACGUGCUAGGUGCUUGACAACUUUCCCCUGCUUUGCGUGGUUCUUUGCCUUCCUGUGCAAGCAGAAAACUGGGUAUAUCAAAUCUGUUGUGGGUCGCCAAACAUAGCUGUUGGACUGGAUUUGUUGUGGCACAGAGCUGUUCUCUAAAUACAAAGUACCGUAUAGGUUCAUUUAAAUACAUAAUUUGCCUUCCUUUGUACAUCUUAAGAUUUUGGACCAAUUUAUUGAAUGUUAUCAAGUGGUUUAGGAUCACAGGUCACUUUACCAGGUGACAGCUGUUAAAACUGUAUUCCCUAUUAAUUUCAAACACACACACACACAGAGGGGGAGAGAGAGACAGACAGACACUGGAUGAGUUCAAAAGGAUGUCUGUUCAGUCCUACAAUUAUAAAUUUUCAGUAAGCAUCAUCUAGUCUAUAGUUUUGCCCUUAUUAUCUUGAGUCACACUUAUAAGAAAAAGCAACUAAAAUGUUAUAUUGUUUGCAAAUAAUGUUUUCUAAGCCAAGGUUCUGUAUUCAAGAACUCAGCAGCAAGGUGAAGCUUUACAUUUAGCCGCACAAUUGUUCUUUUAAAUUACUUUAGAUGCCCCAAGGCUCCAAAGCACAAUCAUAAUGAAAUAUUUGC